UUUGGAUUUUUUCCGUCUUGCUGCAAUUUUUAUGCUUUAUUGUCCUUUUGAUUAUUAUUUUUAUUCUGCUGAUUUUCUUGGAUUUUUAUUUACAUAAUAUUUUAAACUUUAAGAUGAAUGGAGUCCGUCAAGAAAAUGAUUCUCUCGAAGAGCUUGUUCGACAGUUGAAAUUAUCAUUUUUAGCACUCGACUCGAAAAACAAAAACGGUGAAAUCAAGCAAAAUGAUAACUUAAAGAAUUGUAUUAUUCCGUCCUCACAAGUAAAUUCAAAUUAUUUUAUCAACAACCUGUCAAAAAUUGCAUCAGAAUUUUUACCAGAAAUUAGCGUUUCAAAAAAUAAUUGUAAAGAAAACGCAGUGAAACGUAAAAUUCGCCGAAGAAAACAACGGAUUACAAAUGUUUUUUAUAAGUACAUGUAUUAG